CUUCGCCGCGGCAAGCACGAAGCUUGAGCUGUGUGAGGUUCUGACACCGAAGCGAAAUGCGAACAAGCGCAUCGUCGCCUAUGCUAACAGAUCUUUGGUCACAUUUGAGAGCAAGUUUGGUCACGGCGUCGAAUCUAGAAAAGAGGGAAGGAAUCAUGGAGAGCAGAUCCUUCCGCUCCAUAGAUCGCACCAGACGCUAUCCCGGAGCAUCGCAGAGCCGAGACAGUGAGAGCGUACAGAUGACGACGAGGUUCAAGAAGAACAGGAAGAAGAGAGGUCACAUGAGCGCCGGCCACGACCGGAUUGGAAAACAUCGGAAGCAUCUCGGAGGGCGAGGAAACGUCCGUGGCAUGCACCACCACCGAAUCCUCUUCGACAAGUACCACCCUGGGUACUUCGGGAAGGUCGGCAUGAGGUACUUCCACAAGCUCCGGAACAAGUUCUACUACCCCAUCUCAACAUCGACAAGCUCUGGUCCAUGGUGCCCCAGGAUGUCAAGGACAAGGCCUCCCCGGACAAGGAACCGGAUGUGGGAGGAAAUUGACCGUCUGAUCUGUGAAGGGUCGAUAUCCUGCGAUGAUAAGGGCAUCGUUCAGGUGCUCCGGACAGUGCUCGGUGCGGAGAGUGUGGAAUCGGCGGGUGAGGAUUUACGGGAAGAUGAAGAGGAGCGAGUGGGGGUCCGACUGGGCGGGGAAUGAGAUUGUGGUUAAGGUUUGUCAGCUGCUUGAUUUGAUUUGAUUUGGUAUGGUUGUGUUCUUCAUAUCAACCCAAUGUUUUUUUUUUUUUCAAUAUGAAAUGUUUAAACACUUUUAAAAUAAAUAAAUUAUAUUUUUAAAUGGG